AUGGCUGCAGAAAACGACACGCAGGUGAGAGAGUUCUUCUUCUCCAGCCUCCCAAGCCACCCAGCCUUCCUCUUCGUCGUGUUUCUGGCUGCCUACCUGGCCAUUGUGAUGGGCAAUCUCAUGAUUUUCCUUCUGGUCUUUAUGGAUUCCAGCCUCCAUACCCCCAUGUACUUCUUCCUCAGCCACCUCUCCUGCUUGGACAUCUGCAUCUCCACCGUAGUCAUCCCCAAGCUCCUCAUCAAUUUCCUGCGCCAACAGAACACAAUUUCGUACAAGGAAUGCCUGGGUCAAAUGUUCUUCCUGGUUGGCUUUGCCGGCUGCGAGCCAUCCCUGAUGGCCGUCAUGGCCUACGACCGCUACGCCGCCAUCUGCAGACCCAUGCACUACUCUCUCCUCAUGAGCAAGAGGGUGUGCAUCCAGCUAGCAUCUUUCACUUGGAUCUGGGGCUUCCUGGACUCGGCAAUUCAUGCUGCCUUGGCUUCACAGUUGUCCUUUUGUGGAGCCAACCAGAUCCCUCACAUCUUCUGUGACGUCCCGCCGCUGUUACAAAUCGCCUGCAGCGACACACGUGUCAACGAACUGGCCUGUCACAUCACAAGUCUCUUUGUGGGCUUGGGCCCUCUCCUCUUCAUCAUCUUCUCCUACGUCUGCAUCUUGACCUCUGUUCUGCGGAUUCACUCCAAAGGCGGCCGGCGCAAAGCCUUCUCCACAUGCGCUUCUCACCUCCUCGUUGUUUUUUUCUGUCUUGGAAAUGCAUUCCUGAACUACAACAAGCCGAGCGCUGGCUAUUCCCUGGAGAUAGACACCCUGGUCUCUGCCAUGUUCCUCAUCGUCGCCCCUAUGCUGAACCCCCUCAUCUACAGCCUCCGCAACAAGGAGGUGAAGGGGGCCUUCAGGAAGGUUGUGAAGAAGUGGACAGAUUAA